AUGAUGAGUCUGAACUCUGUGUGUGUGUGUGUGUGUGUUUUGGUAGAUGUUGGUUACCCUCUGUCCCGGCCGGUCCCGGAGGAGGAGAAGCCGUUCAGCGAGGAGUUGCUGCAGAGCGUGGUGAAGAGCAUCCAGAGGAACGACAUCAGCCGGCCAAUGGCUCAGCUGCUGCAGCUGCUGGGUCAGACGCUCGGGGUCAAAAGGCAAAGGAGUUUGUACAGAGACAUCCUCUUCCUCUCCCUCGUGGCUCUGGGCAAAGAUAACAUCGAUAUCGACGCCUUCGAUCGUGAGUACAAGUUGGCGUACGACCGCCUCGUGCCGAGCCUGGUGAAGCUGACCCACAACUGUGACCGUCCUCCCAGCACUGGGGUCAUGGAGUGCCGCCGGACGUUUGGCGAGCCUUACCUGUGAACACUCCCCGUCCGUCACACGCCUGGAUGAACUCUCAUCACCGACGCAUUAAGACGAGCUCAGGAAACCUGUUGGAAGACUGUGAAUGUGCACUAAGUGAUCAAAACGGUACAGUCGACUGUGGUCAGCGUUAUGUAGCCUGAAACACAACAAAAAAAACUUUUACAGACAAUAUCUCAACUAAGUGACGAAGGGAAAUCAAUGCACAGCGUUCAUGAACAUCCAUUGUUGAUCUGGUUUCUCUUGGAAUCCUGUGAAAAAGGUACAAACAGCAGCAGAGGAUUUUUUAAAAUGCAGCAUUUAUAUUGUUCAGUCACAGUAUAUGAAGACGGUUAGCAAUAUUUUAAUUUGAAGUCUAUUUAUACAGAGUCAGCUUUAUUUAUUCUAGUGUUUUAUCGUGUCCUGUAGUCGCUGGACGUUGUUUUCUCGCAGUUUAAACCAGGACGGACGACCUGAGCGUUCGCAGCUCGUUUCCAAUUACACGUGGAGAAGAUGCUGACGUUUGAAUUUAGUGUCUGUUGUAAAUAAUGAACCAGGUUUCUGAGAUUUAUCAGUCGGGGCGUAAAAACAAACAUUUAAAUUGGAGCUGCAGUUAAAUCAAUUAUUCAGAUUUUGGACAACAACCAAAUCUAAAACAUCACAAAGAGUUCUGGGACAUUCUGAUUCCAUAUUUGUCCACUGAUAAUAUUUUCGUCAUGAGCUCAAUAAUGAAUCCUCGGCUGCAGCCCUGAUUUAAACGUGUGAAACAACUUUGGAAGCUGCCUUGUUUAAUGUUCUGCUGCUUUAAAUGUGAUUUCAUUUUAAUGUAAAGUUCCAUAUCGGUUUGUUUACAAAAAAAAAAAUGUAAUGAUUUCACUGCACAUGAACGACUUUUUAAAGUUUCAGCACAUUUCGUUAACCAAUCAAACGUCAGUAUUACUGUUCAUGUGUGAGAGGUGCGGACUGGAGCCGGUGUCUGAUCAUGAGAUGCAGUUUACUCCCCUCACCAAGAAAACGGCCGAUGUUUCGACAACAAAUUCCAAAGAGACAAAUGAAACCUAACGGAGCUGUUGUUGUGAGUUUGAAACUUUGCUCAAACCCAGGAUAUCGUUAACCGGCUUCACUUAUCUCAACAUUGGCCGUCCUGAGAACCUGUCCUACGAAGCCGGUUAACUUUAUAUAGUGUGAUGUUAUAAAACCACAUGAAAAGCCUGGAACACAAAAACUAUUCAUCUCACUAUAAAAAUUGUCUGUAACGGUUUUAACUUCUUACUUUUCUGAAGCCUGAACUCUUUUGUCCUCGUCAGGAUCCUGCAGAUCAUCUCUCUGGUUUUUAUCUCUUAUCUUAAACUUAACCCGCUUCAGCAUAAGUGACCACGAGAAGGGGACGUUCCAUCACCAAGGCAUGAGCAGCUCACCGUGGUGAAGAAAAUAAGAAUAUUGUUUCAAAGAUCUGUACAAAGAUGAUUUGAAUUCAACCCACCCAUAAAAUUCUAUUACUCAGAGGGAUAUACCACAGAAUAUUUCAGUUUUUUUGUUCUCUGCCCAUUAAACCAAAAAUGUUUUCAUGGAAAUUGGCUCCAUAGUUUCUGCGUAAUCCUGACAACAGACAAACAAAACCUGUGAAAACACAACGUCCUUGGCUUAGGUAGUAAAAAUAAUUCAUUCAGCUCAGAUCCUUUUUAUUUCUAAACAUCGAAAACUUUAACUGAUGUUUUUUUCUUUUAAGUCAAACGAAUAUAAAUGUUUGGACUCAACACAUUCUGGAUCAACUGGAUUUUUAGCAGGACAAAAACUCGUGAGUGUCACGGGACAUGACAAGUGUUGUUUUCAUGUGUGUGUCGAUCACACAUGAAGGACGCACUGGCACGCUGGUUGCAGGAGGACGUCCAGAGUCAAACCUCAAGGACGUCUCAUGAAUGUCAAACCCUGUGUGUGUAUGUGUG